AUGCCUUCUGCAGCUACUCGAUUCGCCUCUUCGGCCGAUUUGCUAUACUACUUUGGGAUGCUCAUAAUGAGCCGGAAGCUCUUAAGGAAUUACUGCUUGGUGAGCAAGUACUUCAACGACAUGUUCACCCCUAUAUUGUACGCGGAGGUCUGGUUUCGUCAAAGUAAUGCACAAUUUCUCCUCGAAGAUUUGCCUAUACUUUUGGGCAAUCCUGCGCUCAAAUUCACCCGUAUAAUUGACGUCGAGAUUCCAAUCACCCAUGAAAGAGGCGGCCAGGCAACCCGAUUGGCGGCUUCUUUGACUGGUUUAUUCAAUGAAGCGACGCAGUCGCUUCUUGAGAAAAUGCCAAAUUUGCAAAUGUUUCGCUGGGCAGGGCUUCCUCUAUAUUCAGCGACAGUUUUGACGUUGCAAGCGAAAUGUCUCAACAUUCGAACGCUAGUUAUUCGCUACUGUGAUUUAGUUGAAAAUGACCUAGGUCUCCUUGACGGUUUAACAGUCGCGAGUUACUGGGACUUUGAUGACUGGGACCAUCAUGACGCAUUCUCCGAGACUCGAGCACUGUUCACAACACAAAAUGUGCCAUAUUUUCCAAAUCUGACAAGUCUAGAAAUCGUGGGACUUCAUGGCAACCUUGAAGAAGCAAGAAAAGAUCUCGUCAAACUUCUUCUUCAGUCGCCCCGCUUACGGUCACUUAACUUGUCGAUAUGUACCGACACUAUAAGGCGUCUACAACGGGGAACUGCCGGUCAAAGGAAGCAAUGCGUCGAAUUCUUGGUAUAUCUGAUUAAAGAUUUCGCUGAGGCAGGUGGAAAGCCACUGCAACUUAAAAACUUGGUCCUUGGGGUCGGUGUCGUUCCUUGGAAAUCAGAGAAAUCUCUCCACGAGUUAGUGGAUCUUGAGUAUCUGGAGAAAGUUCACAUAGAAAACAACCUGUCUGUGUUCACGUUGGUCAAAAGCAUUCACACCAUAGAUUGGGAAAUAUUCACCCCCGAUCACACUCCCAAAUUGCGAGCCUUUAGCGUCUUCGAACUUGAUUCAGUAACGAAAUGCAUUCCUGAAGGUUUAGUAGGUUUUACUCAGCUUUGCAGCUUCUAUUGCAGCACAGAAUCGGUUAAUACUGUAAUGAAGAGCACCGAAUCCUUAUUUGCAUAUCUUCACCCUAGACCAAGAUCAUUGACUCUGAACGAGAUUCCCAUGGUAGAAGUCUGGGGGAAUAAUUUCACCCAGGUCUCGUUGUACAAUAUCCAUGCGCUUUCAGUCAUCUACCGCAGCAAGCUUGACUGGGAUUCAGAUCUUAUCCGUUCAAUUAUAGCAGCAUCAGAUCUUCGUCAGCUCUGCUUGGUAGGCUAUCAGUCAGGGCCCGAGAUACAAGAUGAUCAUAGGGUUGGCCCACCAGAAGUUGGUAGCAUUCAUUUUCGAAUCGCCUACAAUAAGUACGAAACAAAGCACUUGACCAUUCUGUGA